CAAGUUCAAGGCAUUUCACUUCGAAUCUUGUCCAGAUCUGCUCUAUUCUUCUCUAUGCUGCUACAACAUCCGCGAUCGGCCUUUCCUUUAAUGCGUCGGCCUCAAGAUGAAGGCGUCGCAGCUGAAGCAGUUUGAGGUGGUGGGCCGCCGACUGCCCACCGAACAUGAGGUCAACCCUCCAUUGUACCGGAUGCAACUUUUUGCCCCGAACUUUGUGGUGGCCAAGUCCAGGUUCUGGUACUUCCUGCGUCAGCAGUCCAAGAUCAAGAAGGGAUCUGGAGAGAUUGUUCAGUGCAAGGAGAUGCUGGAGAAGCACCCACUGAAGGUGAAGAACUAUGGCAUCUGGCUGCGCUACGACUCGCGCUCGGGCACGCACAACAUGUACAAGGAGUACCGUGACGUGACGAUCACGGGCGCCGUGACCCAGUGCUACCGCGAGAUGGGCGGUCGCCACCGGGCGCGUGCCCACGCCAUCCAGAUAAUGCGCGUGGAAAAGAUCCAGAACAAGGACUGCAAGCGGCCGAUCGUGACGCAGUUCCACAAGUCCAAGAUCCGGUUCCCGCUGGCCUACCACGGCGUCUUCCGCGACAAGAAGACCAAGAGGUUCACCAGGAACGCGCCCAGGAUAAAUUUCCAGUGAAUGUUUUGACAACAAAUAAAGAACAUGGCGCCAA